CUCUCUUGUCAAUUGCAGCCCCUGAAUCCAUCCAUCGUUCCUUCGAUCUGGCCUCUUGUUUGUUUGGAUUCCUGGGAAAAGAAGAAGCGAUCUAUUUCGUUCAGUUUCCGAAAACAAAAAAUUUCAGUCGACAUUUGGUUCAUUUGGGGCCUCGGUGUUCCAGAGGAUCAAGUGGAGUUCAACGAUGUGUAUGGUUUAGAUGACGAGCUCUUGUUGAUGGUCCCGAAGCCUGUGCUUGCAGUGCUGUUUCUUUUCCCAUCUUCCACUCAGGAUGAGGCUGGGAAGGUAGAAGAUCAAGAACAAGCCUCUGAGAAGCUAAGUAAGGAACUAAAUGCAAAUGUAUAUUUUCUGAAACAAACUGUGGAUAAUGCUUGUGGAACUAUCGCCGUUCUUCAUGCCAUAGGAAAUGUAAAUUCACGAAUCAAGCUAGCCGAGAACUCUUUUUUGGAUAGAUUUUUUAAAUCGACAGCCAGAUUGGAUCCAUUUGAGAGUGCUGCUUUUUUGGAAAAGGACCGAGAAAUGGAGGAUGCACAUUCUCUUGCUGCUACUGCUGGGGACACACAGGCUUCUUCGGUUGUAAAUGAGCAUUAUGUUUGCUUCACUUGUGUCGAUGGAGAACUUUACGAACUUGAUGGAAGGAAGUCGAAACCUCUAAGUCACGGUCCUACAUCCCCUCACACUUUAUUGCAGGAUGCUGCUAAAGUCAUAAAAGGUAUGAUCGAGAAGAAUCCUGACUCGAUGAACUUCAACGUCAUGGCAAUGUCACAGAAACAAAAUGGCAUUGCCGAGUGAAGAUUGUGGGAUGGUUUUCUACCUCCAGAGCCAGAGGAUAAGAUUCAAGAUGAGUUUUAGUACAGAUUUUGUGGUUCGUGGUUCCGGCAAAUAAGCUUUCUCAGUGCAAUCUUAUGUGAUGACUGCCAACAUCGACCGACAAAUCGGUUUUAUUUCAAUUUUCUGAGCCAGGUAAUGAGUAGUAGAUGGAUCCACUUAUGCGCUAA